AGUUAUUUAUCUUACUGGGUAAAGUCGAAUCAGCCAUUCGAGGAGCUUCUCUGAAUUUGUAACUUGUAAAGUGAUCAUGGCGGAGAAAAGCACCAUGUUCCUUCCUGUGCCAUUCACAACCGUACCAGCCAACCAUACUUACUGUAAAGUGAACAAGAAUUUUACAUUUCAGUUGCUACCUGUUGUGUACAGCAUUGUGUUCAUAAUCGGCUUCCUGGGGAAUUGCUGGGUUUUGGCUGCCAUUUGUUUGACUCGGAGGAAAUGGACCGGCAUGACCGUGUUCCUUUUUAACCUGGGAAUGGCUGAUCUCCUGUAUGUCAUCACCUUGCCUUUCCUAGUGGUGUACCAUGCCAGUCAAAGCUACUGGAAUUUUGGGAAAGUGUUUUGCAGAAUAACGAGGCUCGUUUUCCACCUGAACUUGUACGGCAGCAUCGGAUUCAUCACUUGUAUCAGUGUGCAGCGGUACAUGGGGAUCGUGCACCCCUUGAAGGUCAAGGGCAGAUGGAAACACCGUCACUCGGUCCUGAUCAGUGUCCUGGUCUGGGGGCUGGUUCUAACCCAAACCUCGGUGGAUUUAUAUUUUCCCAAAACGAACGCCAAUGGCACAGCAUGCUUUGACAGUACAAUGAAAGAGGAACUGCAGGGCUACAUCAAGUAUAAUCUCACCCUGUCUGUGACUGCUUUCUUCACUCCCUUUCUAAUUAUCCUGGGCUGUUACAGCCAAGUUGUUCUGGUCCUCAUCAGAAAUAACAGCGUGGACCAAGAGUUGCGUCGCCGCUGCCUCAAGCUUGUGCUGAUUGUCACCAUUUUGUUUUCUCUUUGUUUCACACCUUACCACUUUCUGAGAAACGGCAACUUGAUUUCGAGAUAUUUACAAAGCCAAGGUCAGUGCAUUCAAGUCUUCAAGAACAUUUACCUAAUGUAUCAAGUGUCUAGGGCCCUGGCCAGUUUGAACAGCGUCAUCAAUCCGCUCAUUUACUUUCUGGGCCGAGAUGAUAUGAAGUCACGAAUCGAAAAGUUCGGAAGAUGAAAUUAUCUUCUGGUCUAUAAAUACUGCACAGCUCCAUAUAGCACUUCUUCAACUAUUGUACAAUGUAAUUGGGAAUUGUUCAGAAUGUUUCCAAAAGUAUUUUGCUCAAGCUUAGCGCUGUUCCUGUUCAACUGCAAUAUUGAAAUAUUUUUAAAUGUUUAGUAAACUAAUGUUCUUUGUAUAUAUUUAAAAUC